AUGGACGAUGAGGUGACUGGCCGUCAAAGCGAGCCGUGUUCACCUCAACCAUCAACGAGUCAGGAAACGAGGAACAGUGAUCACGAGGAGCAGCCGGAGCAACCCACGACCAAUUGUCAAGAGGCGUCAACUUCAUCGAACCCUUCUUCAUCAAUGGCUCCAUUGAUGCCAUUCUCCAUGCCAGUUCAACAAAAUGUCAAGUUCAUGAAGAGAAAAACGCAGAGAGAUGUAAAGCGCUAUUGCUCUUUGUGUCGACAACAUGGACUACUCGAGGAAACGAGAGGACACUCGUGCUCGAAAAGGGAUUGCGAAUGCUUAAAGUGUAAAUUGAUGCGUCGACGUCGCGAGAUUAUGACUAGCCAAAUUCGGCUCCGACGUGAACAGGAACGAGUGAUGGAGAGGAGAUUCGACGGAGAGAUCCCCGCAUCAUCGCAGCGCAUAAAUCACGCAUCCACGUCGCCUAAACAGUCUCCGCAUUGCUCAACGCACAUCACAAUUGAGGAGGCCAUCACAGCCGUUUACGCGUGUCAGAAGUGCAAAAAUCAUGGCAUAAUGCAGUCGAAGAAGGAUCACAUCAAAGAUUGCCAAUUUUCGACAUGCGAGUGCCCGCUGUGUUCGCUGAUCGAUUCACGAAGGAAAGUCGAAAUCUGCAUGAAAGAGUGCCAAGCCAGUGAACCGUCAACAUCGGGU